AUGAUCCUGGUGGCAGCAGGACUUUUCUGGAAGUUGGUGGAAGCCAUUGGUCAUACAACAGUGGUCAGGAACAUCCGAGUAAGCGUCACAUAUAAUGAAUGUUGUUGGCUGACAUCUUUGAAGGACGAGAAGUCCGAUGACAACAACUGUGAUGACCCAUUGGCCAACUUCCUCUCACCAAUGGCUUUCUCCAGUUCCUCAGAUCUCACUGGAAGUUCCAGCUCAGCUCAAUUGAACUGGAGAAUGGGAACUGGUGGUUGGUCCCCAGCAGAUUCUAAUAACCAACAGUGGCUCCAGAUUGACCUAGGAAACAGAGUGGAGAUUACAGCUAUAGCCACACAGGGAAGAUACGGGAGCUCUGACUGGGUGACAAGCUAUCGCCUGAUGUUUAGUGACACGGGGCACAACUGGCAACAGUACAAUCAAGAAGACAGCAUCUGGGCAAGCACCCCACUCUUAUACAUCUAUGGAAAAUGA